AUGUCACAGAGGGAGGUCAGAAGGGCCCCCGCCACGCCGGGAGUGGGGCAGAAGCCGGCGAAGGCCAAGCGGCGGCUGGUAGCAGGCCCUGGCAGGAAGCGGGGCCGCCUGAGCAGAACAAGGCAGGACCUGUGGGAAGAGACGAGCUGGAGCGACCAAAGGUGGAGCAGAGCUGCCCUGAGCCCCCGGGGGGUCAGGCCCAGGAGCCUGGCUCAUGGCCUGAGUGAGGCCAGUCCCAAGAACGCUGCACGGGAGCGGAGCCGGGUGAGGACACUGCGCCAGGCCUUCCUGGCCCUGCAGGCCGCUCUGCCUGCUGUGCCACCCGACACCAAGCUCUCCAAGCUGGAUGUGCUGGUGCUGGCCACCAGCUACAUAGCCCACCUCACCCGCACACUGGGCCGUGAGUUGCCCGGCCCCGCCUGGCCUCCCUUCCUGCGUGGACUCUGCUACCUACACCCUCUCAAGAAGUGGCCCAUGCGAUCUCGUCUCUAUGCUGGAGGCCUGGGGAGCUCUGGCCUUGACCCCACCACAGCUACCACCUCAAGCCAAAGAACAAUGGAGGCAGAGGCCAGACCCCAAGUCUCUGAAGAGGCAGACGCUCUCUUUCCCACGAGGCCACGCUCACCAGCUCUCGGUGACAAAUGA